UGGUGUUAACUGGUAUUCGGGUGUUUUCGUAUAUUUCCGUUAUUUACCCGUUAAAACAAAAUGGCAGCAUUCAAUAACCGUUUACAUUUUUUGGUGCUUUCUUUCUGCUUCCUUUUUUCGUUCAUUGCAUGUGAUAAUGGUGGAAUUCUUCAAAUUCAUUACCCGAAUAUCUCGCUUGAGGCGGACACGGAUGGAAAUGUUACACUUCAAUCUGGAGCCGACGCCAGUGUGUAUAUAGUACCAGGUACCAACGGUGGCAGCGUUUACUUCGAAGGAGAAGAUUUACUUCAUCUGAUUAAAGUGAUAAACGGUCUGCCACCUGUUUGGAAAGAGCAUUCGGCGACAGGAUUUUUCUAUACAGCAUUUGGAGGGGAAACAAUGAACGUUAAACUUGAAGCGCUGGAUCCCGAGAAUGGUAAAAUGGAAUACCGGGUUGUUGCAGGCACGAUGCCGCCGGGGCUCCGAAUUGAUUCUAGCGGAAGUAGAAUUAUAGGUCAGGUUCCUGACGUAAACGCCAUCUACAGUUUCACCGUAAGGGCAACUAACACGAACGACAAAUAUGCUGAUGCGGUAUUCAGAAUGGAAAUUAUUGAGCGGAAUCAGUGUAUCCCAUCAAGUCCAUGUCAACAUGGCGGCUUUUGUGUUGAUACGAUGGGUGAAACUCCAUAUGUUUGUAAUUGCACGGAACAAUACAGCGGUGUAAACUGUGAAAUACCUUGUAAAACAAACAGCCUUGGUGUCAAAAAUGCCUCUGUUAUACCAGAAGCAAUGAUGUCUGCAUUUCUCACGCGGGAAAACUACACUGCAGCCGACGGUCGCUUAGAUAGCUCGGGUGGGAGCGGUAAAGGUUGGUGUGGUUCGAAUGCAAACUCGUGGCUUCAAAUAGACCUUGGAAGACUUGCACGUGUAUUUGGCGCCAUCUCUCAAAGUUACAGUAGCACAUAUUACACGGGCAGCUAUCAGAUGACUUACAGUACAGAUGGUACAACAUUUAAUGACGUACUAGGCAACAAUGGUACUUCACUGGUACUUAAUGGUACUUCAAGUUCGUCACACGCCGUAUCUAAAUUACCGGAUCCAAUUACAGCACGGUUUGUACGGUUUCAUCCCGUGAGUUACAGCUCUAGCCACUACCCGUGCUUGAGAGUGGACCUCAACGGAUGUUACGUAGACACUGACAACAACCCGUAGAUGACUUACUAUUGUGUAACCAUGAUAACCCCUAAAUGCAGUCACCUUUUCAAUCCCUAAAUUCUUUGAUGAUUGUAACAGUGGACAUGAUUUUAAACAUUUUUGUUUUUAUAAGAUACCUAGUUCUAUUAACUGAGUAAAGCUUCACUUAAUCGAAAUAAUUCUGACAUUAAAUUAAAUAAAAAAGAAAGAAUUACACUUAUGUUCCUAGAUACACUUUUCUUUUCUACUAAUAUGACAUGUGCAUUUAAACAAUUUUUAUCUCUCUUUACAUGUUCUUUUAUUUCAACGCAUCAAAAAUCUGUGUUACUCUGAUAUUAAAUUUUCAUGGCGUCGUGCUAAAAACAUGAUUUUUUUUCACAUGCAAAUUUAUCACCUAAUCAAUUACGAUGAAGUUCAUUAGCUGAGAAAGUCAAUUAGUUUUAAGAUUCUUUUGAAGUAUUUUAUUGCAAAAAAAGUGUGCACAUGUUGGAAAUGUAUGUCAAUUGAAGAUUUCAGUCUCCAAAAUAAAAACUUUUUUGAAAAAUA